AGAGUUACCUUUGGUUUUCUGCCCCGAAUUUCGGUAACCCUCUAUGUAUGUGUGACCCUACCCUUGUAGCGUGAUCCCCGGAAAAUACGAUGUCAUCAGGGUCGGGCGGAGGAGACAUGCAAGCCGUGCAGUUGAAGGACGAUGUCGAUGGGGUAGUACAGAAUGGGGGAGAGAAAAAGCCCUAUCGCUACUCGUUCACCUAUGAAAGGGCGACCAUGUACGAAUAUAAGUUUGAGCGUAAGGCCAGUCCGGACCCGGUUGAUCCGUGUUACCGCUGUAACCGUCAAGUGCCACCGGAGCAACAGAUCAACGUUGGCGUUCUGUUCCAUAAGCAUUGCUUCAGGUGUCGUGUGUGUGGACUUCCACUUGGCCGGCAGACCUUCCACCGAAAUGAAGCGAACUUUCAUGUGGACAAGGAAGUGUACUGUCGGCAGCACAUUGGGAAGCAGGUGGGACAGGUGGAGGUAGAAAGGAACGCGGACCUACCUGAACUCGAGCAAACGCCUAUUGCCUCUCCGAACAACAAAAAGUACAUUAUUCAGAUCCAUGGAAAGUCCCGGCCGCCUGGUCAGGUAGCAACACCGGGGCAGGAUGCCCUCAUGCCCAGCCCAGGUUCCAGUAUGACCAUGGUGACCCCACACGGUGCGAGUAACGGGACGUCUUCAGUAUGGGGCUACUCCCCGGAGAGCUCCCUGUAUGGGGCGUCGGACAGGGCCUUCCCCCACCCUAAACCCGUUCUCAAGAGCUACGAGGACUUUGAGAACAGUGGUGUGUUCGAGGCACAGAGUGUACUGGAGCAGCGUCACAAAGAGGAAGAAGAACGCCUCCAGAGGUACCUGUCCGAAGAGCGUGAGAAAGAGAUGCGGCGACUGGAUGAAACCAUUGACAUGGAGAAAGAGAGGGCAGCCGCCGAACUGUUGGCCAGUUUGGAUCAGAUGUCCAUUCAAAGAAGUCCACGAGAUCUCGUCGUCGAGAGAGAUCGAUUGGAGGAACAUUUCAGACGACAGCGCGAUGAUCGCCUGAGAGUGGUGGUUGAUAAAAUAGCGACUGAGGAAAAGAACAGAGUAGGGAAAAUGGUGGAGAGACAUGGACAGGAAAUGAUGACUUUGAUUGCAGAAAAGGAUCGUGAAGUUGAUAACAGCGCCUUGUUCGACCAUUCACAUCGCCCACCGGUACUGCCACCAGAGUCCAAGAAGACAGCGUUAUAUAAGACACCAACGCUUUUUGAGAAGCUCGACAAGAGAGCUGUCGAGUUAGCGAACCGUGAUUACACAGCCUUCACUGAUCUCGUCAGGGACCUCACUCGUGACUGUCACAACGAACUGGAAAAAGCCAGAGUUCUAUUCCGCUGGGUUAUAGCCAAAGAUCUUAACCGAAACCACAUCACGGACAUUGUUCGUCCGAACUCCUCAGCAAAUCUACUCAAGGGUGUGCGGAGCGGAAAAGAGACAUACCAUCAGCUGUAUAAGAAACUCUGCAGUUAUGCUGGUUUGCACUGUGAAAUUAUUUUGGGUUACUCAAAAGGAGCUGGGUAUAAACCAGGCAUGCGCAUUGAAAACAACUCAUUCCGGAACUCUUGGACAGCGGUGGCUAUCGACGGUUCCUGGCGCUUCGUGAACUGCACCUGGGCUGCCCGUCACGUGACUGGACACAAGGACGACUUACCGCAGGUGUUCCAUAAAUAUGACGAGUUCUACUUUUUGACAGACCCGGAAGACUACAUUUACCAGCAUUAUCCGGACGAACCAGCCUGGCAGCUAUUGGAAAUUCCCCUACCCUUCUCAGAGUUCAUAAACUUGCCCGUUGUAAAAUCUCCAUUCUUCAACUACGGUCUCCGGUUUUACUCAAAUUUUGGUGCUGUUCUAAAUGCGGAAAACGGAAUGGUAGAGAUACGUCUGAUCGCUCCUAAAAUCUUAGGAUUCGGGUCAAUGUUGGAACCCAUAGACAGAGUGGCAUCAGAGCCUAAGAGCCUGGAUGGACGCACCUUACUAAGAUUGAUCAAAAACGAAGCCAUCUUUACAGUUAGUUUGCCCCGCGCCGGUCGCUUUUACUUCUCUGUGUAUGCAGGGGAUUACUGGCAUUCUGAGUGCCUGGAGAGCACCUGUUCAUUUCUCAUCAACUGUCCAACCAUGACGGGACCGGCUGCGCCCGUGUACCCACCCGUGCCGUACUACGGUCCCACCCCUAUCAUGGAGAGACUGGGCAUUACCACAGACACCCACAACGAUCCACUUAUUGUCACCACUGGUGAGAACCUGGAGAUAAAGUUUAACAUGAACAAAGACACAAAAGUCACUCAUACUUUCCAGUACUUCGAUGUUCAAGACGACUCGGUCACGGACAUUGACCGAUACGUGUUCGUUCGGUCUCGAAGCGACACCAGCAUUUCGUACAUGGUCCGUUGCUCCAGAGAGGGCUACUACAUCUUCUCUCUGUUCGGUACCGACGGGAAGGCGGAAUCCAGCGGACUGGACUGUGUUUUCCGCUAUCUAGUUGUCUGCCAGGAAGCACAAUCCAGCAUCAGCGCUUUCCCCAAGACCUACCACCGGUGGCAGAGAUGUACGCUGUACGAACCAUUGUCGGGAGAUCUCCUCCAAGACAAAAGGUACACUUUUAAAAUGGAUAUUCCCCAGGCUGUGGAAGUUUUCGUCGCCAUCGGCGAGAUCUGGCAUCACCUGAAGAGAAAAGUGGGCUACACGUGGGAAGGUAACAUCAACACGGGUAAGACGAGCUCUGUGGCGAAGAUUAUGGCGCGCUUCACAGUGAACAGGGAGUCGUCAUUGUUCGCUCAUUUGCUAGACUUUGAGCUCAUGGAAGACGAGGAAACAGAGAUUUAACAGGCCACUGGGUCCACUAUCCUAACAUGUUGUUACUCGUCUAAUCAACACAACGAGAAAUCGGACUAUGACUGAAAAAACUGAUUCAACUUGAGAAGCUGAGAUGUGGAACACAAUAGUCCCGUUAAAAGAAAACGACACGGCUGUUAUAAUUUUCAUUUUCAUCUCUCUGAGUAAAGACCGAGGAGCCUCACACCAGUGUGGUCGCUGUGAGUUCAAGUCCAGCUCGCGCUGGCUUCCUCUACAUGGAAAUCUUGCAACAGCCUGCGGAUGGUCGUGGGUUUCCACCGGCUCUGCCCCGUUUUCCUCCUACCAUAAUGCUGGCCGCCGUCCAAUGAGUAAAACAUUCUUGAGCACGGCGUAAAGUGCAAAUCAAAUAAAUAAAUCUCUCUGAUGUGGAUGGCUUAAAAUAUAAAAUUUCUCAUUUCUGUAGAAGUGAUAGCAGAAAAUGAUAAAAUGGUGCCGCACAUAAUAGCCUAGAGAGAUCAGC